AUGAAAAUCGCAGACAGGACCGUUAUAAUUAGCGGCGGCGCAUCCGGCCUCGGCCUUGCAACAGCACGCGCCCUCCACGCCCAAGGCGCAUACGUCUCGCUCCUCGACCUAAACAGCGACAAUGGUUCCAAGAUCGUAGCAGAGCUAGGCACGCGAUCCAAGUUCUUCGAGACCGACGUAACCGAUACCAAAGCAAUCGCUGCUGCGGUGACAGGAACAGUGGCUUGGGCAAAAGAGACAGGGAAAGAGAUCGGCGGCGUGGUGGCUGGUGCUGGUGUCGGUCUACCAGGCCUGAUCAUCGACAAGAAGAACGAACCGUUGAGCAUCGAAAGCAUCGAUUUCGUACUCAAUAUUAACCUCCGCGGCACCCUCGACCUCAUUCGGCAGACAGUACCGCAUAUGACGACCGCAACGCCCUCGGAGCCCGACGGUUCACGCGGUGUGAUAAUCAUGAUCGCCUCCAGCGCCGCGUUUGACGGACAGAUGGGCCAAGUCGCCUACGCGGCCAGCAAAGGCGCCGUGGCUAGCCUGACCCUCCCACUCGCACGAGAUCUCUCGAAACACGGUAUUAGGGCCGUGACCAUCGCGCCGAGCAUGUUCGAUAGCGCCAUGACAAAGAUGUUGAGCGAGAAGGUUAAGAAAAGCCUGGAGAACAGUAUGGAGUUUCCCAGACGAGCAGGACUGCCCGAGGAGUUUGCGAGAUUGGUGGUGGAGUGUGUAGGGAAUGAGAUGCUAAAUGGAACGGUACUGCGGUUGGAUGGGGCGAUGAGGAUGCCCGCGAGGUUGUAA